AUGAGAGAUCAGGAUUUGACUUUACCCAUUGUACUUGGCCUGGAGUUUUUGAUGGAUUCACAGAUCCAGAUUGAUUUCAAGGACAAGACCUACAUUCUAUCGGAGGAAGCGGAAGUAAAACAUCCAUUCAUACCGUAUGCAUCUUCAGCAGUAAUUAGUCUACAUCUGGCGUUACCUCUAGUUCAAGUAUCCUCCUUCACCUUGGCAACCAUUGAAGAACUGGCCAGUCAGGCAGAUGUUUCCAAAACCCAGAAAGAGCAGCUCGAAGCACUUAUGCUUGAUCGACCAACAAUCUGCACAGACUCCCUGGGCCGAACUGCUGUGAUCAGGCACGAGGUUAACACCAUCGAUGAGAUUCCAGUUCGUAAACGAGCCUACCCUGCUUCUGUGGCCAGACAGCAAUUCAUUGAUCAGGAAGUGUCCAAUAUGUUGGAAAAAGGGAUAAUUAGACCCUCAACUUCUCCAUGGGCAGCUCCCAUAGUUCUAGUCCCCAAGAAGGAUGGUACCAUGCGUUUCUGCAUUGAUUACAGAGCUUUAAAUGCCAAGACACCUUUAUAUGGAUUUCCCAUGCCGCAAAUUCAAGACAUCCUUGAAUCAAUGUAUGAGGCUUCAAUUUUUAGUACAUUGGAUCUCAAAAGGGCCUAUUGGCAGGUACUUAUGGAUGAGACUAGCAUUCCAAAGACUGCUUUUGUAACCAAAAAUGCACAAUAUGAAUUUGUUUGUCUACCAUUCGGAUUGAAAAACUCAGCUGCAACUUUUCAGCACCUGAUGAAUACUGUGUUGAGGGACUGUAUUGGAAAGUUCUGUUUUGUCUAUCUUGACGAUAUUGUGAUUUAUUCCAAAAACAUCCAAGAACAUUUUGAACACUUUAAACAGCUCUUGGAUGUGCUAGAAACCGUUGGAUUGACCCUGAACCUGUCAAAGUGCAACAUGCUCCAACAGUCCAUCACUUUCUUGGGACAUGUUGUGUCUGCCGAAGGAGUGAGUACUGAAACCGCCAAAGUGGAGGCUGUUCAAAACUUUCCUGUUCCAACAACUCUCAAAGAGGUACAACGCUUUUUAGGUCUUGCUGGGUGGUACCAUAGGUUUAUUCCACACUUUUCCGAAAUCGCAGCACCAUUGCAUUCGCUCAAGAAUAAAAAUGUGGCUUGGGAGUGGACAAUGGAAUGCCAGCAGGCAUUUGAUAAACUGAAGAAAGCUCUUCAAAAAGCACCUGUGUUGGUACCCCCGGAAUUCACAAAAAGUUUUAAAGUCCAAACAGAUGCCAGUGAUGUCGGCCUGGGAGCUGUGUUGACUCAAGAUCAUGACGGAGCUGAACAUGUUAUAGCUUAUGCAUCUAGACUUCUUCAUGGAGCUGAAAAGUCCUAUUCCACGGCCGAAAAGGAAUGUCUGGCGGUGAUUUGGGCAGUUGAGAAGUGGAAACAGUAUUUGGAAGGGAAACGUUUCGAAGUGUUAAUGGAUCAUGCUGCUCUUACAUGGUUAAAUAUCGAAAGGGACAAUGUAAUGUGGUACCCGGAGAUAUCCACUCGAUGGGGUGUGCCCACCUAUCUGGUCUCAGACCGUGGACCCCAGUUUACAGCACAACUUCUGAAUGAUAGCUCAUCUGAGAAGCCUGGAACUAGGAGAGCUGACUGCUUAAAAGCAACGCUGGACUUCAAAUAUCUCUUUGCUGGGGAAUCAUCUGGGCAUUCAAGUGCCCACGGAGUCAGAGAGGAGCCCCAGUUUGUGACGGCCCGCGCAGGGGAGACCGUGAUUCUGGGAUGUGACGUGGCUCACCCACUCAACGGCCAGCCCUACGUGGUGGAGUGGUUCAAGUUUGGAGUGCCCAUCCCCUUCUUCAUCAACUUCCGCUUCUACCCUCCUCACGUGGACCCCGAGUACGCCGGCCGAGCCAGCCUGCAUGGCAAGUCAUCUCUACGCAUUGAGAGGGUUCGCUCGGAAGACCAGGGCUGGUACGAGUGCAAGGUGCUGAUGCUGGAACAACAGUACCACACCUUUCACAAUGGCAGCUGGGUGCACCUCACAGUCAACGCUCCCCCAACUUUCACGGACACACCGCCGCAGUAUGUGGAGGCCAAAGAGGGGGGCAGCAUCACUCUGAGCUGCACGGCCUUCGGGAAUCCCAAACCUUCAGUCAGCUGGCUCAGGGAGGGAGACCCCAUACAGGACAGCAGCAAGUAUAAGGUGAGUGAUGGCAGCCUGACGAUUGUUUCCAUCAGCCGUGAGGACAGGGGAGCGUAUACAUGCCGAGCAUACAGCGAGCAGGGAGAGGCCAUCCAUACUACACGUCUACUCGUCCAAGGACCCCCAUUUAUUGUUUCACCGCCAGAGAACAUAACCGUAAACAUAUCCCAGGAUGCAUUCUUCACUUGUCAGGCUGAGGCGUAUCCUGGCAACCUAACGUACACCUGGUUCUGGGAGGAAGAUAACGUCUUCUUCAAGAAUGAUCUAAAGCGCAGAGUGAGUAUUCUGAUCGACGGUUCGCUCAUCAUCUCCCAGGUGAAACCUGAGGAUGCUGGGAAAUACACCUGCAGCCCGAGUAACAGCCUUGGGCGCCCACCUUCUGCAUCAGCGUACCUGACAGUGCAUUACCCUGCCCGUGUUGUAAACAUGCCGCCCGUUAUUUACGUGGCUAUAGGACUGCCGGGGUACAUCCGCUGCCCGGUGGAUGCCAACCCGCCUGUCACUUCAGUGAAGUGGAAAAAGGACAGCCUGCCUCUGCGGAUAGAGAAGUACCCUGGCUGGAGCCAAAUGGAAGAUGGGAGCAUUCGAGUGUCCCCUCCUGCUCCUCUGGUGCUAAAGGACCCACCCAAAUUUCUGGUGGUUCCUGGGGGGGAGUACAGGCAGGAGGCUGGUCGAGAGCUGGUCAUCCCCUGUGAGGCAGAAGGAGACCCAUUCCCCAACAUUACAUGGAGAAAGGUAGGGAAGCCCAGCAGAAGCAAGCACAACGUCCUACCACGAGGCAGCUUACAGUUCAAAUCUCUCAGCAAGGAGGACCAUGGGGAGUGGGAGUGUGUCGCCUCCAAUGUCGCCACGAGCAUCACUGCCAGCACGCACCUCCUAGUAAUCGGCACAAGCCCACACGCUCCCGCCAAAGUCCACGUUUCGGUCUCGACGACCUUGGCCAACGUCUCGUGGGAACCCGGUUACGACGGCGGCUUUGAGCAGACAUUCUCAGUCUGGUACGGCCAUGUGGUGAAGAGGGAGCAGUUAGGACCGCAUGACUGGCUGUCCAUGCCUGUGCCCAGCGGGCAGCACUGGCUCCUGGUGCAAGGCCUAGUGUCCGAGACGGCCUACCAAUUCAGUGUCCUGGCCCAGAACAAACUGGGGAUGGGCCCGUUCAGCGAGGUCGUCACUGUGAACACACUAGUAUUUCCUAUAAGUACCCCAGAACCACUGGUGCUGCUUACCCCACCACGGUGCCUCACAGCCAACCGGACACAGCAGGGAGUCCUACUCACAUGGAUCCCUCCAGCCAAUCACACGUCGCCAAUUGAUCACUACAUCAUGGAGUUCCGCCUCGGGGAGAGGUGGGAUGUUCUUGAUGAUGCAAUCCCUGCUGCAGAGACCGAGCUACUACCUAGAGACCUGGUUCAGGAGGCCUGGUAUGAGUUCAGAGUUUUGGCGGUUAUGGAGGACGUUGUCAGUGAGCCCAGUAAUGUAGUGGGAGUCUCUAGCACAGACUACUUUCCGCCGCCUGAGGUGGCAGACGAGGGGCUGGCGCGGCCGGUGGUGGCAGGCAUUGUGGCCACCAUCUGUUUCCUGGCAGCAGCCAUCCUCUUCAGCACGCUAGCAGCCUGCUUCGUCAACAAACAGAGACGGCGUAAGCUCAAGCGGAGACGAGAUCCCCCUCUGUCUAUAACACACUUCAGAAAGAGCGUGGAGACGCCGAGUCCUCUUACCCCUCUGCCUGGCAUAGAACCCUACUGGGAAGGGCAGGAAAGGAGUAGCUGCAGGCCUCCGUCCUCCAGUCCUCUAUCAUCUUCUGGAAAGGUUAGUCCAGAAAGUGUCCGCUCCAUUGGACCUCCUUCAGAGUCCUCAGAGGAUGGUUUACGAGCUAAGAAGUUUCCUCAAAGUCCUGCCAAGGAGAAGGAGCUGUCUUUAUACAAGAAGACCAAGCGAGCAAUAAUUAGCAAGAAAUAUAGCGUCUCUAAGCACGAGGUGGAGGCUACCACGCCAAUCGAAUUGAUCAGUCGUGGCCCAGAUGGGCGCUUUAUCAUGGAACCUACAGAUGCGGAAACUCCAGUUAAGGCACGGCGCAUUGAGGGAUUCCCCUUCGUUGAGGAGUCUGACCUGUACCCUGAAUUUCGACAGUCAGAUGAGGAGAAUGAUGAUCCGGGGCCCAUGCCGCCUAUGAUGGCUACCCUCAGACCCCAUCAGAUCUCCCCCAUUUCUUCUAGCCAGGAGUCUUACUUGCAGCCCCCAGCCUACAGUCCCCGCUUCCAGAGGCCAAUGGAAGGCAUGACUAUCAUGGAGACCAGUCGACUCCAGGCUACAGGGCAGAUUCGUGGUGCUCCUCACUUCCGAGCCUUUUCCCAUGGCCAGUUCUACAGGUACUUAGGAAGUCCAGGGGAACCUGAGCCUCCACCUGCUUUCUACAUGCCAGACACCAGCCCUCUCAGCUCAGUAAUGUCUUCUCCUCCUUACCACCUGGAGGGACCUUUUGGUCAUCCCACCAUCCCAGAGGAAAUCGGUGAGGGAGAGAUUCAGCAUUAUGCAGUCUCUGGCUACACCCUUCCCUUGGCGCACCCCUCCACCUCGCGCUCCCCAGACAUCUGGCAGCGACCUGAUUUUACCUUUGCCACAAUCGAGGGUCCUCACUUUAUUUUUCCACCCCCACACCCUUUGCAUCUUCAUCCGGAACCUCCCCUUCCUCCCCCUCUUGUUCUUCCUCCUAGUGCCCUCCAGCCCUCCACCCUUCAAGUAUCUCCUUACCCUGGUAUCCUGCAGCUGGAGGCCCCAAAGAGCCGCCCAGGCAAGUCUCCCAGCAAGGUCAAGCCUCAGGGCCUUCCAGCCAAGCGUUUACCUAUGCAAGAGGCACAGAGUCUAGGGCAGCUAAGACACACAAGCCACGGUAUGGGUGUACCGGUAUUGCCUUACCCUGACCCGGUGUCUCACAUGGUUGGCCCAAGCUCAUUUGGAAGCCUGGAUACCCGAUGGUACGAGCUUACACCCAGGCUUAGCCCAAGGCAGCCCCGUAGGAUGGAACCCAGCAUGGUAGUUCUCCAGCCAUCCCGCCUCUCACCUCUAACUCAGAGCCCUAUUAGCUCUCAUGAAGGCUCACCGGAGAUUGUAGUACGCCCCAGGCCCCGUCCCAGUGUCAUCCAACCCCCGAUCCCUCCAGAGAUGUCUGAGAUCACCCUUCAGCCUCCUUCUUCAGCUAGCUUCUCUAGAAGGUCCACCCCCUCCUCCUCUCCUGCUCAAGGCCAAGGCAGCCGAAGGGCAAGUCCCAGCUACCGAUCCCACAUGGCAUUUGACACCUCAGCAGCAAGCUAUCCGUCACAAUCCCCUUCACCUCCUGUAGAAAGCAGCAACAUUUUUGGGCAGAUGCCAACCCAGAGGAGGACUGAGGAGGAGAUCCUUCCAUCAGAACCCUCUCCACCCCAGUUAUCAGCUUCAGGAAAACAUCGAGGUGCACCAAGUGGCUCUGCAGGGUCUGAGAGGAUAGAAGCACUGAGAUAUCAACGACUGAAAAAAGCCAAGAAAGUCGGCAUCAACAGUAACAACUCCAAGACCAGACGAAAGAUGGGUGUGCCCCCCUUUCAGAUCCAGCAGCCCCACACCUCUCAGGUCCUCCAGCCAGAAGAAGCUCUCUACCUCCGCAAGAAGAAGAAAAAGUUGACUCGCCAGGACCCAUACGCCCGCUUUUCCGCUCUGUUGUACCGCCGCCCGCCCCGAGAAGACCAGAAAGCCAUUUUGGCUAGUAUGGACACAGCAGACCCAGACCACGCCACUCUCCUCUGAAGUCCCAGAGAUUACAGGCCACACUCUCCCCAAACUCUGAGCUCCUUCCACCUUUGCUCAGCCAGCCAAUGUCUUCACGUCCACCCCUGAAUCCAGUGGUUUACUCCUCUUCUCUUUUCCGUUACGCUUAAUGUAUCACAAGAAAAUGCUUGUGUUCCAAGGUUUUGCUCUAGUCCAUUUACCUCAAAUUCAGAAGGAUCGUCAUGUUGAGCAGAUUAAAAAGAAUAUCUUGUAUGCCUCAUUUCAUCUUAGUGACUCUUAUCAGAUGGUGCGUCAGAUAAGGGAACAGCUGUCAAGCUUCUGUUUCAUUCUGCCAACAGUAGAUCACAGGGUUUUCACAGGUAUACCUCAAACUCACCACAAUCUCAGUGCUGCUAUACUGACAAAUACAGAAGACGUUAGCAAUCCGAACAUUUGUUUGUAUUUUCAAAUAUGACAUUCCACAGUGCAAAUUUUGAACCUAUUCGCAAACCAUCCAUGAAAAGUGCCAUGUACACUACCAUUCAUAAGUUUGAGGUCAGUAAGAUUUUCUGAUGUUUUUGAA